AUGGAUGUCAAUGCGAUCGGUAUUGAUGAUGAUGAUGACGAAGAUGCUGGCAUACUCAGCAUCGCCAAUGACUACCACAGUGAGGACGAUGAUACCCUCACUGGCGAAGACAACGUUCUUUCAUCAGUCCACACGAAGCUCACUGAUGUUGACAAGAAUGAAUCAGCAGAGAAAUUUCUGCUGACUCACGAAGCGGUUGUCCGCUUCGUUUAA